GCAGGGACCAGCAGCUCUGCUCCACUGGGGAUCAGCACAAUGAAGCUCUUCACAGGCCUCAUUCUCUGCUCCUUGGUGCUGGGAGCCCACAGCCUGCUUUCCUUCCUUGGUGAGGCUUUUGAAGGGACUAAAGACAUGUGGAGAGCCUACUCUGACAUGAAAGAAGCCGGGUACAUAGGUGCAGACAAAUACUUCCACGCCCGCGGAAACUAUGAUGCUGCCCAAAGGGGACCAGGGGGUGUCUGGGCUGCUAAAGUGAUCAGUGAUGCCAGAGAGGCUCUUCAGGCAAUCACAGACCCUGUGUUUAAGGGCAUGACCAGGGAGGAGCUACGGGAGGACACGAAGGCUGACCAGUUUGCCAACGAAUGGGGCCGGAGCGGCAAAGACCCCAACCACUUCAGACCUCCUGGCCUGCCUGACAAGUACUGAGCUGCCUCUCUCUCUGCUCAGGAGACGGGGCUGUGAGUCCCCAAGGGCAGGGACACUGAGCUAGAGUGUUCUCUGUCCACAGAAGGCAGCGGAUCUAAUAAAUGCUUAAGAGAUGGAAUACUGAGACUGUGUGUC